UUGUUCUAGAAACUGGUUACUACAGCAACGUAGCUGUUGCUCAUUUAAAAUGUUUCAGUACAGAACAUAUAAUCCUGGUGUAUUACUAGGUAACUGGUUUGAAGAGAGGGUUCUUGAGAAAGAGGAAAGAAGUGCACAUUUAUACAAGGAAGAAGGUCAUGUUUCAUCGACACAUCUGCUGAAUUUGAUUUCCGAGAGUGAUCCUGAUCUGAUUGAUUGCUCCGCCAUGUCUACAGAUGGAUACCUCAGGUUUGGCUCAAAUAUUCAGAUUGUUAACACAGGAUCGUCUCCAUAUUAUGUGAAAUAUGGGCUUUCAUCCCCACGUGACCCUCAUGUAGUCAGUCUUUCAGUGGAUUUGUCAUGCAACUUAAACUUGGAAAUUUCGAACUGCGACGAUAACUUUUUCAAAUUUAUGGACAAAAAUGGUUAUCUUAAUGUGACAGCUUCCAAGAACAUUCAACCUUCAGCUAAAAAUAUAUUCAAAGUCUUAAGUUUACGCGGGAAUCAAAAUGGUCGAGUAAUUCGUUAUGGUGAACCAAUAAUUUUAGCCUUACAACCAGACAUUAUUUCGUUAAAAUGCCCUACCAAAUUGCAGGAUAAAUUGAUCAAAGAUCAAUUUUUGUAUUUGGCCAGUGAUUUAAAACACAUAGGUGAUCCGAAUUUACAACCAGAAGCACAAGAUCUAUUCUUUGAAGUUGGCACACCAACAUUUUUAUCACAAUGGAGGCUAGAAUAUGAAGAUCCACAUUUAAGGAGAGAAAUGGAAGGUAGACCUGUUAAAGCUGAUCAAAAGCUGCUGAUUAAACAUGUUCGAAGUAAUAAAGCAUUGGCGUUAGAACCAAAAUUUACAGUUCGUACCUUAUUUGGUAAAGAAACUUGUCUCAGUGUACGUACGUACUAUGAUUCUCAUAAACUGGAGCGUGAUGUCAAUGUAUGGGUUCUAGCUUCAGCUAGACAACAAGGUUUAUCAUGUACCUCAAAUGAACAGACACCACAUAAAGUUCUCGAGAAUACUUCUUUAGAGGGUGAUUGUGUUGCCGGAGCUAAUGAAUGCGUUGAAAAGAAUGUUAAUUUUGAAUAGAAAGCUGAUUGCAUGAGAAGUCAGAAAACUGCAGCAAACUGAAUGGAUGACUACUUAAUACUUUACAAGUAGUUAAGCGUUUAUACGUGAUUUUCUCUUCAUGACACUCAACAAACAAAAUUUAAAACAAAACUGUAUUGAAUCAUGUAUAUUGUUGAAAUGACUUUUGAAGUUUUCAUUAAAUCUGUAAUGAUCUCAUAGUAAUUCAGAAUUUAAAAAACACUAAAUCAAAUUC